UCUCCAAUUAUUACAAACAAAAAACCACCCCAAAAUUAACCCAAAUCCCCGAUUCUCCGCCCCUUUCCCCCGAUCCCAAAUCUCCGAUCAGAUUCCGAUCCUCCUCCGCCAGAUCCGUCAUGAACCCGCCCGGCUCCUCCGCCGGCGGCAGUCCCAACACCCCAAGGAAGAAGGAGAUCCAGCUGCAGGGCCCCCGCCCGCCUCAACUCCGUGUCAACCAAGAAUCCCGCAAAAUCAAGAAGCCGCCGCCGCACCCUCAGCCGAUUCCCCCUUCUGGCCGCCCUCCUCUCCCUCCAGCCGCCUCCCAAUGGCCUCAGCCACUCAUCAUCUACGACAUCUCCCCCAAAGUCCUCCACGUCGCCGAGAACAACUUCAUGUCCGUCGUGCAGCGCCUCACCGGCCUAUCCUCCGCCUCUUCCUCCGCCGACGGAGACCUCUCCCCGGCUGCGAGAUUCGCCACAAUCGAAAAAGCCAGCCCCCGAUCCGAAAGGGAAAUCGACGUUAGCGACAUGAUGGAUUUGACGGAGGUUCCCGUGGAAUUAGGGCAAACCCCCGGAAUUUUAUCUCCCGCGCCGGCGAGUCUGGCUCCGAUUUCGUCAGGAUUCUUCUCGCCGGUAAUUGAGCCUCAAAGCUUUACAUAUUCGUUGAUUCACGAGCUGAGCCCCCAUUGGCCAAGCCCUUCGGCUCUGUUCCCAGCUCCCCUGGUCUCCCCAAUUUCUUCACCAAAUAUCUUCAACCAUCUCUUUGACUUUUAGCUAAGUUCUCUCUCUCUCUCUCUCUCUCUCUCUCUCUCUCUCUCUCUCAAAUUUCAAUCAACAUUGCCAUUGCCCAUCAAACAGAAAACUUGGGUUUUU